AUGAGCGGUGAAACUCCUAAAAAAGGUGAUGAUGUUCAAGUGCCCGAGUCUUCACCUGCUGAAGAGACCAAAAUCACGUCUUCUUCGCCGCUAAAAAGUGAGAGCACGCAGACGUCGGUUCUGAGAGACAGAUUUGUCUUCAAGCCGGCCGAAAAGCCUAGCCUGGGUCACACCGGUGGAGCGGCGGGUGUAAAUGGAGAUAUGAAUGCCGAAGUUGCCACCCUCACUGCAGAAUAUCCUGAUUUUUCCGAAACAUUGAUCAAAGCAGUCUUCAAAUCAAACUCAUACGACUUGGGGUUAACAAGGGAAAGACUGGAGAAAAUCCAGUCACAGAAAAGUUCGCGAUCAUGGGCUUGGCGCCCCGGUGAGAAAAAACCCACCAGCAGGCUGAUGACGCUUGGAUCUUCGUCCUCAGCUGGGCUCAACGACAAUGAGGCAGCAUAUACUAGAAGUGCGGGCAUUGUGGCUUCACCAGAACGAUCAUCCAAGGUUACUGUGGAGAAACAAAAGACCUCGAUAUUUGAUAGGUACUCGCAUGUUAUGAACCAACGCCAUAGGCCCACCAUGGAGUCUGUUGUCGUUGAUCCUUCCACUAUUUCCCAAAUGGAAUCAACGACGCGGAAGAGGCGUAAGCUGGUUCGUGCUGAUAACGUUUCCCGAGAGACGCUUGCCGGUGUAAAAAAGAGCUCUGUAUCCCUCUCUGAUGAAGAUGAAGACGAAAUAAGCGCUGACGAGCAUAACAGUGGAGAUGAAAACAUCAGUGGGGAAGAUUAUCAAGAAGCCACGCCAGAUGUAAAUAUUGAUGAAGAGAUUUUGAAGUUUCUAAAUGGUGCAGAUGAAAAGGACAUAGCUGAUCUGGCCGAUACUUCCUUUGAUAAAGCCAGUAUGGUUGUCAAGAAUCGUCCUUACAAAAGUUUAGCUUCAUUCGCUGAAGCAGAUUUUGUCACAGAAGAGGAAAUUAAACAGCAGCAGAAAAAGAAGAGCACUAGACGUGGCCAAACAAAAAAGGACGGCGAGAAGCUAUUGGACAAGGUCAUUCAAACCAUGAGAGGUUACAAUGCCAUUGACUCAUUGAUCAAAAGGUGUUCUGCAUACGGAACUUCCAUUGCCUCACAGAUUGAAAAAUGGGGAGUUAACGUCGAAGAUAUCCAAAAUGGCGAGCUCAAUUUUAUUGAUAUUGGCAAUGAAGAUGAAAGUGCAGCUAGUGAGGACGAAUUAUCUGGUGAAAACAACGAGUCUGGGAUAAGUGGUGAUGCUAUACCCAAGGCCGGAAAGUCAGAACGGAAAGUCGAUGAUAGCGACUUUGAUGAUGAUGAAGAGGACUACGAAGAAAGUGAGGAUGAAGAAUAUCGGGCAAGCAGAAGAUCUAGAACUCUAGCGCGCGGCAGAGGCAAGCCCAGUCACAAAGAAAUCAAAUUUUUCAGACAGAAACCGAAGCUUCUAUCCCCGGAGGUUACACUCAAGGACUAUCAACAGACAGGUAUCAACUGGCUGCACCUAUUGUAUCAUAACAACUUAUCUUGUAUUUUAGCAGAUGAAAUGGGGCUUGGAAAAACGUGUCAAGUCAUUGCAUUCUUAGCAUAUUUGAAGCAAAUGAAUGAGCCUGGUCCUCAUUUAGUGGUGGUACCAUCAUCGACAUUGGAAAAUUGGCUGAGAGAGUUUGCCAAAUUCUGUCCCGAAAUGAAAAUUGAACCAUAUUAUGGUUCUCAACAGGAAAGGGCAGAAUUACGCGACAUUUUGGAGGAUAAUGAAGGGCAUUACGAUGUAGUCGUUACGACUUAUAAUCUCGCGUCGGGCAACAAAUAUGAUGUUUCAUUCUUAAAGAAUCGAGGUUUCAAUGUGGUAGUAUAUGACGAGGGCCAUAUGUUAAAAAACUCGCUAUCAGAACGCUUUUCUAAACUAAUGAAAAUUGAAGCAAAUUUCAGGCUUUUACUAACCGGGACCCCACUGCAAAAUAAUCUGAAAGAGUUAAUGUCUCUGUUGGAGUUCAUAAUGCCGUCACUGUUCAUUUCGAAAAAGGAUGACCUUUCAGCCGUCUUCAGGCAGAGGGCAAGGACAUCAGAUUCUAACAAAGACUAUAACCCACUUUUAGCCCAGGAGGCAAUUGCCAGAGCUAAAACUAUGAUGAAGCCUUUCAUCCUAAGAAGGAAGAAGGACCAGGUUUUAAAGCAUUUACCUCGCAAGCAUUCGAAGAUCGAGUAUUGUGACAUGAACGAAGCUCAACGUUUCAUUUACAAUCGUGAAAUUCAGCUUGUCUUAGAGCAUAAGAAAAAAAUGGCUGAGUUGAAGGAGGAGGAAGAAAGCUCAAGCCACGUUAAAAACAAUGGUAAAAACAAUGGGAAUCCUGUGAAGACCAAGAUGAACAUCUCGAAGAACUUAAUUAUGUCUCUACGGAAAGCUUCUUUGCACCCACUCCUCUUCCGACAAAUUUAUGACAAUGAAGUUUUAGAUAAAAUGAGCCUUGCCAUUUUGAAAGAGCCUGAAUAUGCCGAGAAUGGCAACAAGGAAUACAUCCAAGAAGACAUGAGCUACAUGACGGACUUCGAGCUUCAUAGGCUGUGUCUCAGAUUCCCCAAGACGUUGGGGGAAUUUCAACUUAAGAACAACGAAUGGAUGAAUUCUGGUAAGAUCGAUGCGCUGGGUAAAAUUCUUAAAGAUAUCAUUGAGAAUAAAAAUGAAAAAGUCUUGGUUUUCUCGUUGUUCACACAAAUGCUGGAUAUCUUAGAACUUGCAUUAACUACACUGAACAUCAAUUUUGUGCGACUUGAUGGGUCGACUCAGGUCAACGACCGCCAGACCUUAAUAGAUAAGUUCCACGACGACGACAACAUCCCGGUCUUUAUUCUUUCAACUAAAGCAGGUGGGUUUGGGAUAAACCUGGUGUGUGCAAACCACGUCGUCAUUUUCGACCAAAGUUUUAACCCCCACGACGACAAGCAAGCUGCAGACCGUGCGCACCGCGUAGGACAAUCGAAAACUGUCCAUAUCACAACUUUGAUUACCCGUAGCUCGAUUGAAGAGAAGAUUCUUCAGUUAGCGAAGAAUAAGCUUGCCCUUGACACACAUAUCAGUGAAGAAGACACGAAGGCCACUGAAGCCCUCGAGAGUCGGGUCAGUGACAUUCUAGAGGAUAUUAUCUACGAGGAAAACCAAUAA